GGAAACACCACGAGCAGCUACCCUGAACCUUCUACUCUCUCAUUGUCUCUGCAGGCGCCAGGCUUACAGGACCUGUGAUACCAUGAAGGGUUUGAAGACCGUCACAAUAGCGUAUGUACUCACCCUUUUAUUACUGGCAACAUUUAUCUCCCAGUCAUGGAGCACGCCAAAGGGCUCAUUCCAGCGAAGAAACUGGACCCCGCAGGCUAUGCUGUACCUCAAGGGCACCCAGGGAAGAAGGUUCAUCUCAGAGGACCGAAAAGAAGGAGAUGUCUACGACACUCUUCACCUAGAGACUCGUAGUCAGAACACAGAGAAGCUGACUGUGGACCAGGCUGCUACUGUUCUGCUUAAUUUCCUACAGCAGGCUAGAGAGGGAGCUGAUGAAAACGCAGAUGAGGUGUAUAUCCAGGAGCUACCAGUGUGGAAGAGGGAAUAUUUCUAAUGUUUGUAUCAUUGCCAGACAACCUCUGAUUUGUUCUGUGUGGAAAAAGGAAGCUGUAAAUAUAAAUUCUCUAAAUAUGAAAUGUGAUGUUUUAAUAAAAAGAGUUUAAUUGAAAGUGUGUUUGGGGCAUAUUUUCUACUUUUAUGGUCAGUGUUAUUUUUCGGGUAUAUAAUCAGUCACUGUAAAACAAAACAAAAAUCAAGAAGCUCGAGAUUUC